AUGCACCAAUCCGUCGUCAUCUCCCUCUUCGCAGCCGGGGUUGCCAACGCGGCAGGGCAGCAGCUCGUCCCUGACAGCAACUCCGGGGUUUCGCCUGCGGCAGGGCUUUUCGGCCGCCAGUUUAUUAACGAUUGUAGCAUCCGUAGCACAUGCUCCGACUGCUUUGGCGACGGUUAUGUGGUCUGCGACAAGAUAGGUUGUUUCAACCCAGAAAUACACCAACAAUGCUGUUCCAUCGCCCGGAUCUGUGUGGCGAAGGAUAACAGCUGCUGCGAAGAUUGGGGCGGACCAGGAGAAACCGGCACGUCUGGAGUUCCCAACAUCCCGAUGCAUUGGUGUUCUGGGGACUUCCCGAACUUCUUCUGUUACAACGACAAGAACCAGUUCUGCUGCACGGACGGCACCGUUUGCGACCAGGAGGGCUGUUGCGACCUGUUUGAUGCCUCUACUACCCACCCUUGGGCCUCCGGGGCGACUAGUACUCCUACUCCUGACGCUGCGCAGACGACAGCUACCACAGGCUCCAUCACCGAAGCACCAACCUCGCCGGCUAUUAGCUCCACCGACACACCGGAGUCAAGCACGACCACUUCUAGUGCAAGCCGCGUGUUCGGGCCUGGGCUCGCGAUUGGGCUGGCUGUUUUGGGUCUGACUCUACUCUAG